GGGAGCUAAGGCAAACGGUUUUAUUAGUCGAAGGACGCCCGGUAUCUGGUUUUGCGAUUGCGGGGUGAUUUUGUAUCUCGAUGACAAGUUGACGCACCUUGGGUGUACUUUUUCCUUCUCGAUAUCGACGUCGUCGCCGUCUGCUUCGCCCAAAUCGCCGCCGCUGCCGCCAAACCGUCGGUGGAGAAGGCCUACCGGGUUCCUGUGGCCCGACGGUGAACUUCACGGGCAUGGCCGCGAUGGAGCCGAAGGCGAGUUCCGGUGGAUUUUCCUCGGCGGUUGUCGGCGACGGGGGCGCAGUCCCGCCGGGGCUCGCCCCCGUUGCCAUCCUUAGAGCCGUGUGAAGGGCAGCAAAGGCCCUCCACCCUAGAGCAUUCUCUCCGGCGGCGCCGCUCGUGCCGGAACGCCUUUUCCGAUGAGAAGCGCCGGGACCAUCAGCCAGCAGCUCACCCGCUACGCCGCGGCGCAGGCGCUGCUCCCGGGGGCGCACCUCCACGCCAACCUCCUCAAGUCCGGCUUCCUCGCCUCACUCCGCAACCACCUCAUCUCCUUCUACUCCAAGUGCCGCCGCCCCUGCUGCGCCCGCAGGGUGUUCGACGAAAUCCCUGACCCGUGCCACGUCUCAUGGUCAUCCCUCGUCACAGCCUACUCCAACAACGGCCUGCCCCGGAGCGCAAUCCAGGCCUUCCACGGCAUGCGCGCGGAGGGUGUAUGCUGCAAUGAGUUCGCUCUCCCUGUUGUGCUCAAGUGCGUGCCGGACGCCCAGCUCGGUGCGCAGGUGCACGCCAUGGCGAUGGCUACGGGGUUUGGCAGUGAUGUCUUCGUGGCGAACGCGCUUGUGGCCAUGUACGGUGGAUUUGGCUUCAUGGAUGAUGCGAGGAGGGUGUUCGAUGAGGCCGGCAGCGAGAGGAAUGCCGUCUCCUGGAAUGGCCUGAUGUCAGCGUAUGUCAAGAAUGACCAGUGCGGCGAUGCCAUCCAGGUGUUUGGUGAGAUGGUGUGGAGUGGGAUUCAGCCUACUGAAUUUGGGUUCUCUUGUGUGGUGAACGCCUGCACGGGUUCCAGGAAUAUAGACGCUGGAAGACAAGUGCAUGCUAUGGUGGUACGGAUGGGCUAUGAAAAGGAUGUGUUCACGGCCAAUGCAUUGGUUGACAUGUAUGUGAAAAUGGGGCGUGUUGAUAUUGCUUCUGUUAUUUUUGAGAAAAUGCCUGAUUCGGAUGUGGUCUCCUGGAAUGCUUUAAUUUCUGGGUGCGUACUUAAUGGUCACGAUCACCGUGCGAUAGAGUUGUUACUGCAGAUGAAGUCUUCAGGGCUGGUUCCCAACGUGUUUAUGUUGUCUAGCAUCCUGAAGGCUUGUGCUGGUGCUGGUGCAUUUGAUUUGGGUCGGCAAAUCCACGGGUUCAUGAUCAAAGCCAAUGCAGAUUCAGAUGAUUAUAUAGGUGUUGGUCUUGUGGAUAUGUAUGCAAAGAACCAUUUUUUGGACGAUGCAAUGAAGGUUUUUGAUUGGAUGUCCCAUAGGGAUUUGAUUCUGUGGAAUGCACUGAUAUCAGGUUGUUCUCAUGGAGGACGACAUGAUGAGGCUUUCUCUAUCUUUUACGGGUUGAGAAAGGAGGGUCUCGGCGUGAAUAGGACAACAUUGGCUGCUGUUCUCAAGUCCACAGCAAGCUUGGAGGCAGCCAGCGCCACAAGACAAGUUCAUGCUCUUGCAGAGAAGAUAGGUUUCAUAUUUGACGCUCAUGUUGUCAAUGGGCUUAUUGAUUCCUAUUGGAAGUGCAGUUGUCUCAGUGAUGCAAUCAGAGUGUUUGAAGAAUGUUCUUCUGGUGACAUUAUAGCUGUUACAUCCAUGAUCACAGCACUCUCACAGUGUGACCAUGGUGAGGGUGCAAUAAAGCUGUUCAUGGAAAUGCUAAGGAAGGGGCUUGAGCCAGAUCCUUUCGUGCUAAGUAGCCUACUGAAUGCUUGUGCUAGCUUAUCAGCUUAUGAGCAAGGGAAGCAAGUCCAUGCUCAUCUGAUCAAGCGACAGUUCAUGUCAGAUGCGUUUGCAGGGAAUGCUCUUGUGUACACUUAUGCUAAGUGUGGUAGCAUAGAAGAUGCAGAGUUGGCUUUCUCCAGCCUGCCAGAGAGGGGAGUUGUCUCAUGGUCUGCAAUGAUCGGAGGGCUAGCACAGCAUGGGCAUGGGAAGAGAGCAUUGGAAUUGUUUGGCAGGAUGGUUGAUGAAGGCAUUAAUCCAAACCACAUCACCAUGACUAGCGUUCUCUGUGCCUGCAACCAUGCAGGGCUUGUUGAUGAGGCCAAGCGGUACUUCAAUUCAAUGAAGGAGAUGUUUGGCAUUGACAGGACUGAGGAACAUUACUCAUGUAUGAUUGAUUUGCUUGGCCGUGCUGGUAAACUAGACGAUGCAAUGGAGCUUGUUAACAGCAUGCCAUUCCAAGCAAAUGCCUCAGUUUGGGGGGCACUACUAGGAGCCUCAAGAGUCCACAAAGACCCAGAACUGGGAAAGCUGGCAGCUGAAAAGCUCUUCAUCCUAGAGCCUGAGAAAUCCGGUACACAUGUUCUGCUUGCAAACACUUAUGCAUCUUCAGGCAUGUGGAAUGAGGUGGCUAAGGUGCGAAAGCUAAUGAAAGAUAGUAACAUCAAGAAGGAGCCUGCCAUGAGCUGGGUUGAGGUUAAGGACAAGGUGCAUACUUUCAUUGUUGGUGACAAGAGCCACCCGAUGACAAAAGAGAUAUACUCAAAGCUAGAUGAAUUGGGAGAUCUGAUGAGCAAAGCUGGUUAUAUUCCAAAUGUAGAUGUUGAUCUCCAUGAUUUAGACAGGAGUGAAAAGGAGUUACUUCUUUCUCAUCAUAGUGAAAGGCUGGCUGUCGCAUUCGCUUUGCUCAGCACUCCACCUGGAGCACCCAUUAGGGUCAAGAAAAAUCUGCGCAUAUGUAGAGAUUGCCAUAUGGCAUUUAAGUUCAUUUCAAAUAUUGUUUCGAGGGAAAUUAUCAUCAGAGACAUAAACCGAUUCCAUCAUUUCAGAGAUGGGACAUGUUCUUGUGGUGAUUACUGGUAGAAACAUCGGAACAGGAUUUUUUGUAGCUUUUUGAGAAUUGUGGUGGUCAGAAAAGUAUACACACGCUCAGAGAGGCUUAACAAUUUAGAAAAUUUUGUACCCACUGUAGCAACCAUUUUAGACAGUUGUUGGAGUAUUCAAUAAGCUAUGUGGUUUCUGUAGCUCAAUCUACAACACACUCCACACUAAGCCAGAAAGGUCCAAAAUUUUGUUUUUUCUGUUGUGUUAACGAAGGAGCAGUCCUCAUGUACAUGAUUUUUUAAACAUUCUUAAUUGUUAUAGGAUAGAACAAAAUUUAGCUAUUGCAAGUUUA